CAGAGAAUGGAAAGAUCUCAACACCUUUUAUUGAAGAGAGAUUCAGAGACAGACUGAAGCUGGAUGAUCAGACUGGAGAUCUCAUCAUCACACACAUGAAGAAUGAAGACUCUGGACAGUAUGAAGUAAAUGUCAACAUCGGACACACACACACUAUACACAAGACAUUCAGUUUCACUGACUCAGGUGUGUUUUAUAAGAGAGUGUCAGUGAAUGAUGGAGGAUCUGUGACUCUACACAAUCAUCUCACUAAACUACAGACAGAUCAUCUGAUAGUCUGGUGGUUUAAAGGCGAUCUCAUAGCUAAAAUCGACAGAGCGGUCAAGAGUGAUCCAGUUUAUGACCCUGAUGAGAGAUUUACUGACAGACUGAAGAUGAAUCCUCAGACUGGAGAUCUCACCAUCACAAACAUCACAUCUGAACUCACUGGACUUUAUAAACUAGAGAUCAUCAACAGACAGACGGAAACGAUGUUUCAAACAUUCAGUGUCAGUUUGUUUCCCAAAGUGAAGAAAGUGAAAGAGAGAGAUUCUGUCUCUCUACACAUUGGUAUUCCUGAAGAACAGAGAAAUGAGAAGAUACACUGGAAGAUCAAACACAACAACUCUCUUGUAGCUGAAAUCAUUACAGAGAAUAGAAAGAUCUCAACACCUUUUAUUGAAGAGAGAUUCAGAGACAGACUGAAGCUGGAUGAUCAGACUGGAGAUCUCAUCAUCACACACAUGAAGAAUGAAGACUCUGGACAGUAUGAAGUAAAUGUCACCAUCGGCAGCAUCACACACACUAUACACAAGACAUUCAGUUUCACUGACUCAGAGUCAGUGAAUGAUGGAGGAUCUGUUACUCUACACAAUCAUCUUACUAAACUACAUACAGAUGAUCUGAUAGUGUGGAUGUUUAAAGACCGUCACAUAGCUAAUGUCAACAGAGCGGUCAACAGAGAUCCAGUUUAUGAGCCUGAUGUGAGAUUUACUGACAGACUGAAGAUGAAUCCUCAGACUGGAGAUCUCACCAUCACACAUCACUUCUGA